UUAAGGAAAUAUAUGUUAAGUCUCCAAGCAUGAGAAAGAGAUAUGUUGCGGAAUGAGAAACGGGAGACAUCCCCACAACCCUGAUAUUAUUAUUAGAUGGAUGGUCAUAGUCAUUCUUUAGUGUACCUGCCAUUUAUUACCUUUGUCUUUUGCCUCCAUUCCUUCUCCAUCCACUAAAUGCUCUUUGCCUUCUCUUCUCUCCAUUUCCUUUUCUUACUGAAUUUGCAGCUUUCCUUCUCUCUAUAUCACAUCUCCAAUUAGGGUUUUCGUCUUUAAGAGGCUCGCUCCAGCUCCAGCCCCAGCCCCUGCCCCAGCUCUAUAAUUAAGUUCACGCUUCACACCUUCACUGGCCAAGACUACCUUAUCUUGGUAGGAGCAACGAAAAUCCUCCUCAAAGAGCUCAUAUAAGAGGAAAAAGGUAGCAGUGAAAAUGGCUUCGUCCAGCUCUUACAAUUCACCCUGUGCUGCUUGCAAGUUAUUGAGGAGGAAAUGCAUGCCAGGUUGCAUCUUUGCACCUUACUUUCCACCAGAGGAGCCACAAAAAUUUGUGAAUGUUCACAAGAUCUUUGGAGCAAGCAACGUGACUAAACUCCUUAACGAGCUCCUCCCUCACCAAAGAGAGGAUGCGGUAAAUUCCCUUGCAUUUGAAGCUGAGGCUAGAGUAAGAGAUCCAGUUUAUGGGUGUGUUGGUGCUAUAUCUUUCCUGCAGAGACAAGUCCAAGGGCUCCAGAAAGAACUCGAUGCGGCUAAUGCUGAUUUGAUCCGUUAUGCCUGCAACGAGAUCCCAACAGGCUUGCCUGCAGCACCGGGGACGAGUUCAGUUCAACCUCUAACUCCCCGUAACAGGCCAGCUGAAUUUAAUAGAAGGAUUGGUAAUGAAGGAGGAGGAUUCUAUCAGCCCCCUGGUGCUUUUCCUCUUCCUUAUUCUUUUCCUUGGAAUGAUAACUCUUCUGGUGGUAUGAACGAUGGAGGAGAAGGUGGUAUGUGAACCAAGACAA